GAAAUGACGCGCCUUGUUGCUCGGGAUUGGCGGAAACAGAAAUUGCUUUGCGACCGGCCAGGAACUUGUUCUCUUUUCAGCUUCCGCUCUUGACCCAUGUGUCAGGGAUAGUAGGCUGCGGCAAUGAAGGUGACCAAGGCUGCGGAAGACCUUCUGGCUUUGAGCCAUCAGGAAGAACUAGUGGAUUUGUCAAACAACUACCCUUUGAGUGCCAGUGAAGAUGAGGGGGACAGUGAUGGGGAGAGAAAGCAUCAAAAACUUCUGGAAGCAAUCAGUUCCCUUAAUGGAAAAAAUAGGUGGAAAUUGCCUGAGAGAUCUGAGGCUAGUCUGAAUGUAUCAGAGUUUAAUGUCAGUUCAGAAGGAUCAGGAGAAAAAUUGGUCCUUUCCGAUCUGCUUGGACCCGAUAAACCUUCAUCUUCACUGGUUGUUGUGAAAAAGCAACUGAAUAGAGUGAAAUCAAAAAAGACUCUAGAAUUACCCCUUAACAAAGAAGAAGUCAAACAGAUCCACAGAGAAGUAGCAUUCAAUAAAACCUUACAAACCCUCUCCAAAUGGGAUCCUGUUGUGGAGAAGAACCGGCAAGCAGAGCAGAUGGUUUUCCCCAUGGAGAGGGAGCCAUCAGCCUUUGCUCCCAUUGAACAUGUGUUUGGUGACUGGAAGGCAAAAACCCCACUGGAGCAGGAAGUUUUUAACCUCCUUCAUAAGAACAAGCAGCCAGUGACAGACCCUUUACUGACUCCUGUGGAAAAAGCCUCCCUCAAAGCUAUGAGCUUGGAAGAGGCUAAGAUUCGCCGAGCAGAGCUCCAGAGGGCCCGAGCUCUGCAGUCCUACUAUGAGGCCAGGGCUCGAAGACAGAAGAAAAUCAAAAGUAAAAAAUACCACAAAAUUGAAAAGAAAGGAAAAGCCAAGAAAGCCCUAAAAGAUUUUGAGCAGCUGAGGAAGCUCGAUCCAAGUGCUGCAUUGGAAGAACUGGAAAAAAUUGAGAAGGCCAGAAUGAUGGAGCGAAUGAGCCUUAAGCAUCAAAACAGUGGAAAAUGGGCCAAGUCAAAGGCAAUUAUGGCAAAAUACGACCUGGAGGCCCGCCAAGCUAUGCAGGAACAACUGGCUAAGAACAAAGAACUGACGCAGAAACUCCAAGUAUUGUCUGAGAGGGAGGAAGAGGAGGGAGGUGCUGAAGACGAAGAAGCCCUUGUCCCUGAUGUAGUAAAUGGAGUACACAUGACGGCUGAUGGACCAAAUCCUUGGAUGCAUAGGAAUUGCAACCAUGAUAGAAAAGAGGAGGAAAUCCAGACCAACCCUCAACAACUGCCUGAGUCAGUAGCCCAUGACUUUUCUGAAAGUGAGGGAGAGGAAAGACCAGUGGCAGAGGAAGAGAUUUUGUUGGAAGAAUUUGAGGAAAGGCGAUCCCUUAGGAAAAGAUCUGAGCUCAAACACAAUGCUGAGCCAGUAAGCAGCCAAGAAAUAAAAGAUUCUAACUCCCAGGAGGUGUUAUCAGAAUUGAGGUUAUUGUCUCAGAAACUCAGUAAGGAAACUCAUCAAUCCAAGAAGCAAAAUGGGAGUUCAGCAGGGACUUUCCUCCAGAUCCAGAGAGAGGAACGUGCCCCAGAGGAAGAAGAGCCUCUGAUGCUGCAGAGGCCAAAGAGAGUGCAAACUCUGGAGGAGCUAGAUGCAUUGGGUAAAGAAGAAUGUCUACAAAAUAAGGAGCUUCCCAGACCUGCAUUAGAACCGGAGCAGAUGGAGAGGAACCCACAAAAUCAGCCUAAGGGGAAGAAAAAGGAACAAAUGAUCAAGCUGCAAAACCUCCUGACUACAAAAACUCCUUCUGUGAAGUCACUGGCAGUUCCCACAACAGUAGAGGACUUGGAAGAUGAAGUGGAGAGAGACCAAAAGCAAAUGAUAAAGGAAGCUUUUGCUGGGGACGAUGUCAUCAAAGAGUUCUUGAAAGAGAAGAGAGAGGCCGAGGAGGCAAAUAAGCCAAAGGAUGUGGACCUGACACUGCCUGGCUGGGGCGAGUGGGGCGGGAUAGGCCUGAAACCCAGUACAAGAAAGAGAUACCAGUUUCUUAUUAAAGCUCCUGAAGGUCCUCCAAGAAAAGACAAGAAAUUGCCCAAUGUGAUCAUCAAUGAGAAGCGCAACAUCCACGCCGCAGCUCAUCAGGUUCGGGCACUUCCAUAUCCAUUCACCCACCAUAAGCAAUUUGAAAGGACCAUCCAGAACCCUAUAGGGUCCACAUGGAACACCCAGAGGGCCUUCCAAAAGCUGACCACACCCAAGAUUGUCACCAAGCCAGGCCAUAUCAUCAAGCCCAUAAAAGCAGAGGAUGUGGGUUACUGCUCUUCCUCAAGGUCUGACCUGGCUGUUCUACAGAGCAAUCCAAAAAGACUCUCCAAACAUCACCAGAAACAGCUGAAGAAAAACUCUGUAGAUGAUUGAGUUGUCAGAGGAGUGACAUCUUGGUACCUGGGACAGGGAACCCUAAUCUUCCUUUGGUUGUUCUGGGCUGCAAAGUGAAUUCCAAAACCAGCUUAGUACACUGUGUAGUUAAGUCGUAUUUCAGAAAUAAAAUCAUUUUUACCUAUUUAA